AUGAACCACGUUCCUAUCGCGAACGGGAGUCGGUGUCUUUCGAUUCCGAAGCUGAUGGUGAACGGACGAGUUGCAAUGGGAGGGCAAAGGCGAGUGAGCACCGCUCCUGAACCAGUCGUAAUCGAGAUGUCCGACGAUUUCAUCACUGCUCGCACAUCUCGCGAUCACUGCAGGUAUGAGUAUUCCCAAACACUUCCAAAGAAUACCCUUGUCAAUUAA